AUGAGACCCUUGCCAGCGCUCGCGUAUGCUUCAGCGCUCGGCUUGUGUCUUGCGAGCCCGUUCGGCGCAUCCGGCAAGACGACAGGCUUCUCGUGGUUCGAUUUUGAGCACCUCUUCUACGAUGACAAUGGCAACGGAAAGACUGCGGAACAAACAUACGCCUUGCCCCCUUUGCAUGACAUCACGAAGCGCGAUCUGCAGAGCUACUAUAUGGUCUGGACGCUAAUGGCAGACUGUCCGAAAGUUGGUGAAUUCUAUGCUGCAGAUGCGAGCGUCCGUUGCACUAUCGCCGCGCCGACCAUAGCCUGGCCAAACCACGUGGAAUGUAGCAAUACCCAUCUGAUCACAAAGGUUGUCACGGAGGAUCAACUUGUCAAUAGAGACGCGGACAAGAACUAUGCGCGAAUCGUCGUCGUUAUCGAAGGCAGCCCAGCAGUGGAGCCAGAAACGAGCUGGACGCCUCUCGCAUACGCUUGCUGCCGUGCGACCCUCGUCUGGCCCUUUCGUAUUCAUCUUGAGAAUCGCCAAAUCGAAUCGCUUAGUCCUCACGUCUAUUCGUUCUGCCAACCAAAUAUACAUGCUGGAGCUGAUCUGCCGCCCGUAUGCCCUUAUGGUAUCUAUUCGGUGCAUAAUCCCUUUCCGCUCAUACAGGAAUGCGGCGGCAUUCACAAGAGCGGUCAGAGCAGCAAGCGAACGAUCAAGUUCAAGCGCAACCAUCUGAAUGAUACCAUCAAGGACCGUCACAAGCAUCGUGCGGCCAAGCAGAAAAUACAAGGGAAGCAAGCAAAAAAGCCUUCAGUCAUCUCGCGCAAGAGCAGAAAGCUGGAAAAAUCUGAAGCGCAAGAUGACCUGACCAUGCGGAUCGAUGACGACGGAUCAGAUGACCAGCUUGGAUUCGGGGACGACGAUGACGCUGUCGAGCCAGAAGCAGCAGAUGACUUGUCAGAUCAGAUGCAGGACUCAGACGCGGGCUCUGUCAAUGACGACGACUUGAGCGACUUGCAAGACGACGCAAAGUCGCACAAGCUCAAUCUCGAAGCGUUGAAGACCAAAGACCCAGAGUUCUACAAGUAUCUGCUCGAAAACGAUCGCGAAUUGCUAGCAUUCGACGAGGACGACGAGGCAGAGCGCGCGAGUCAAGCGUCAAUGGAGCAGCCUAAAACGAAGAAAGGCAAAGACAAGGCGGUCAUGCCUGAUGCUAUCGUGGUCACCAAAGAACUCAUCCAGUCUUGGUCACGUCAAAUUUUGCAGUCGCAUUCGCUGCAUUCGCUCAGAGAACCUCUGCUUGCUUUCCGCUCUGCAGCAGCUAGCGGUGCAAAUGCCGACGGGAAUACUGCUGCAAAGUAUAUCAUUCAGACGCCGAGCAGCUUCAACAGAUUGGUCAACCUUGUGUUACGCUACGUGCCACUCGUGCUUGCUCAGCGCGUGCCGUAUAGAGAGCUGCCCAACGGACGCUUUAAGACUCCUAAUACCUCAAGACAAUAUGCAUCCGCGCAGCGUAUCGUCAAAUCUUACUUUGCUUCUCUGGUCCAGCUCCUCGAGCAAGUCACGGAUCCAGAUCUACUUCGAUUGUCUCUCACAGAAAGCGCUAAAUUGCUUCCGUAUGUUAUUGGCAAUCGCAAAGUCCUCAAAGACUACCUCAAGGCACUCGUCAGCCUUUGGUCGGGACCGUCUGCUGAUCGCGUAAAAUUGGCUGCAAUAAUUGUGCUUCGCAAGCUCGCACUUGCCGGUGAUGCUGCCGUGCUCGACGAUAUUCUCAAGAGAACAUAUGUUAGCUUGUUAUCGGUCGCCCGACGUACGACUGCUUUCACUCUGCCUACAAUCAAUCUGCUCAAGAAUUCGGCAUCCGAGCUGUAUCUGCUCAAGCCAGAAGUGACGUAUCAGCUUGCUUUUGGCUAUAUUCGCCAGCUCGCGAUCCAGUUACGAAACAGCAUGAAGCUGAAGCAGAAGGACGCUUCGGCUGCCGUCUAUAACUGGCAAUGGGUACAUGCGAUAGACUUCUGGUCCAUUGUGCUUGCUUCCGCCUCAGAUAGCUCGACAGAGCCUGCACGAGGCGCGAGCUCUCUGCACCAACUUGUAUUCCCGCUCGUGCAGAUCUCGCUUGGAGCAAUGAAACUGACCCCCAACACGAGAUAUCGUCCGUUCCACCUUCACCUUUGUCGAAGCUUGCUGCGGAUCAUGCAGCGGAGCGGCACUUACAUCCCGUUGGCGGCAAUUUUGGUCGAGUCGCUCGAUAGCCCCGACUUUACGCGCAAGGCCAAAGCGAGCAGUCUCAAACCGCUCGAUUGGCAGUACUACAUCCGCACGCCAACGCAGUAUGAAAAGACGCGCGUGCAAGCUGACGGUCUCGCGGAGGAGAUUGUCUUCCUACUGCUCGAGUUCUUUGCAACCCAAUCGCUGUCCAUCGCCUUGCCAGAGCUAUCGAUACCUGUCAUCAUGGUCAUGAGACGACAUGCAAAGAACACAAGUAACACCAAGCUCAAUGCCGGACUACGCGCUCUGAUCGAGAAGGUCGAAUCUAAUUGCGCAUGGAUCAAAUCGAAGCGAGCAUCUAUUGAAUUUGCGCCCAAUAACCGCGAGGAAGUGGCAAGCUUUUUGCGCGGCGAAGACGCCAGUAAGACGGCACUCGGCCAGCAUCUGCGACUCCAGACUAAGCUCCGUGAUCAGAGACAAGCUCUACUGGAGCGUGCUGCUCAAGACGAGGAGGCUGACGAGGCUUAG